GGUCUAUGCGCAUCACCACGCCAAACAGUGAGCAAGUGCUUGAUUAACCACCUGCAGCGACCUCGAGCCCGCUUCCAAGCUCAAAUCAUUGAAGCCACAAAUCCCAACACCACAACCCCCUUUCAUCGGCAGCCAGCCUCCCAUCCAAUUCGACGCGGCUGCAAUCAUGAAGUGGUGCACAAUAACCGUCACAUCCCUCUCGCUCGCGGGCCUCGCGCUUGCCUCGGCGCAGGCGUCGACCCACGCCGAGGUCUACGCCCUCACGCCCCGAGCGAAGCCGUCGAGCAAGGCCAACCCUCCGCACCUACCGCGCCAGCUCGCCCGACACAUCCUACUGCAGCGGACGACCAACGGCGAUGACCACUCUAGCGUGUCAGCCGACCUGCCCGACGCCAUGGACCGGGACCGCGCCCUGACGCACAUCCUCGAGUUUGGCCGCGAGCCCGCGCACCUGUUCAACGUGGGCCGUCGCGACCCAUCCCUCGUGCUCAUGCUUGAGGGCGCCACCGACGACAAUGUUCACGAGCUCAAAAAGGGCCUGGAGAGACGGGGGCAGCAGCUGUCCUUCGUCAUCGAUGAUCCGCCGUCGGCCGAGGCGAAUCAGAAGCUUAUCGACCGGGAUUUCCUCGGCGCUGCAUCCAACUGCAACGACGUGGCCGAUAUUGAGGCCGUGCUGCGGCCCGGCGACAAGAAGUGCUGGCAAGGACAGUCGCUGUUCGCCAAAUACGAUGUUGAGAGGCAACCAUCGGUCGUUUCGGCAAUCGUUUCGAACCUCGGCAGCUUGCUCGACUUGGUCGACGAUGACAUGCAGGCCAUCAUUGUCCUCAUGCCCGAGAGCAGCCGGACGGCCGGGUCCAAGGAGUGGACCACACAGCAGACCGACGCGUCGGACCUUCGCCGCCGCCAAUUCGAGACUGUGCUUGGCGAGAAGCUUCCCAAGAAGUCGGACGGCUUCCAUAGCUCGUCCGGCUCCCCCCACCUUGCCGCCGGCGGAGCGGCCCCCAACCGUCGCAUUCCCUCCUGCUUCACCAGCCUCUCGGCCUGCAAGAAUGCCACGGCCGGCUGCUCUGGCCACGGCGAGUGUCUGAACAAGUUUACGGGGACCAACGCCUCGGUAUCCAAGGGCGAGCCUGUCUGCUUCUCGUGCCGCUGCCUCCCCACCAAGGAAGGAAACACGAGGGCGUUCUGGGGCGGCAAGAUGUGCCAAAAGAGGGACAUCAGCACCCCUUUCUGGCUCAUCACGCUCCUCACCGUCGCCCUCAUUGGCAUGGUUUCUAUGGCCAUUGGCAUGCUGUUCACCGUCGGCGAGGAGAAGCUUCCUGGUGUCAUCGGGGCUGGCGUCAGCCGGCCUGGCAAAUGAUAGGGCCGCUUGUACGUUGUUUCUGAUUAGGUAUAUUUCAAGCCGUUCUCGGUCGUCGGCAGCUGGGAAGUGCCGCAAACAGCUGGGCGGCUCGGGAUUUCCGAGGCUGCUACAGACUGCCACGUUGACCUGGUUCAUUUCGGCGUCCCGGGGGAAACUUUGUACAUGGCGCCUCGUGGGUUGUGCCAUGAUUAUCACUGCCAUUUCUCUUUUGCUCUAGUCAUCUACUGUAUUCUUCAAUGCCAUUUCUGUGUGAUAUCGAACCCAGCUGCCACUGCUGGCUCUAACCGGCGUCCUCUGCA